UGAAGAUUGAAACAUAAAACUAUAUUCCCACUACAACUACACACCAUGUCCUGGAACCCAGACCCACAGGCCUUGGAGCAAUUAAAACGCAUCUUGGGGGCGACGCUCUCCGUUGAUGCCGCUACGAGAGAAGAGGCCACCGCGGCGCUCGACCAGGCGAAACAGGAGGCGGAUGUCGACAUGUAUCUCUUAUACAUUUUGGCGCUAGACUCUCAGGGUGACUCCUCCAUCCGUGCGUCCGCAGGGACCGUCUACAAAAACAAGAUCACUAGCAGCUACGGCAGGGCCACGCUGGAGCAUGUUAAAGAGUAUGUGAAAACGCAGGUCUUGAACGGGUUAUUGGACGGCGACAGACGCGUGAGAAACAUCACAGGAAACGUGAUCACGUCGCUCUUCUUUAGUCUCGGGAUGGAACAAUGGGCGCAGGUUUUGACCCAGCUCAUGGAUUUGGCCGCGGGCGCGAGCGGGGUGGCAGAGGCGACGCAGGAGGGCGCAAUCGGCGCGUUGGCAAAGAUCUGCGAGGAUUCCGCGCAGAAGCUCAACAAGCCGUUGAACGGCGAGAGGCCGUUGGACUACUUGAUGCCAAAGUUCAUGGAGCUCACCAACUCGACACGUGCGCCGGUGCGUGCGCGCGCUAUCCACUGUAUCAACCAGUUUAUCGAGUUACGCACCCAGAGCUUCCUCGUACAUCUCGAUGCUUUCCUCGCACGGCUCUUUGCCCUCGCGACAGACCCAUUUGCAGAGCUCCGCCGCAACAUCUGCACCGCGUUCACGCUCAUCUUGGAGACGCGCGCAGAUAAAUUGGUGCCGCACCUCGACGGUAUCAUCAACUACUGCUUGCACUCGGUGAACGACGAAAACAAGGAAGUUUCCUUGGAGGCGUGUGACUUUUUGUUGAACCUAUCGACGUCGGAGAUGCCCGAAGAGAUGGUGGUGAGCAAGUUACCGCUUAUUUUGCCAGUCUUGCUCGACAAGAUGGUGUACUCCGCAGACGAAUUGAUCGACCUCGCAGCGAUUGAUGCGGCGGAUGAUGCGGCGGUCGCGGACCGCGAUCAGGACAUCAGACCACAGAACGUCAAGACGCGCGAACACACCGUCGCGAAGGCCAACGGCGAAGAUGAGGAUGAGGAUGAAGAUGACACGGACUCCACCGAAUGGACAUUGCGCAAAUGUGCGGCUGCCACCUUGGAUGUCCUUUCGUCGCUCUACUGCGCACAAGUCUUGGACUGCACGUUACCGCUCUUGAAAGACCGGAUUGUUUCCGACCAGUGGCCGGUGUGCGAGGCGGCGAUUCUCGCGUUUGGUGCGAUAGCAGAGGGCGGUGCGCACGACCAGUUACCGGAACUCGUGCCAUUUUUGGUAGAGCGGAUGACCGCACCGCAGCCGCGCGUCAGACAAAUCGCGUGUUGGACGUUGAGUCGCUACGCGCUGUGGGUGUGUCUGGAGGCAUCUGUGGGCGGCCAGUGCGCGAACUACUUUAUCCCAACGCUCGAGGCGAUAGUCAGCUGCGCGUUGGACCAGAAGAAGAUUGUGCAGCAGGCCGCAUGCAGUUCUCUUGCCUGUUUCAUUGAGGCCUGUGAACUUGAGUUGCUCCGGCCAUUGAUGGAGCCGUUGCUCGUGCACUUUUCCAAAUGUUUUGAGGUGUAUCAGCGAAAGAACAUGAUCAUUUUGUACGAUUCUGUGCAGACGUUUGUGGAGAAGGUGGGGAGCUUGCUCACCGAAAAGAACUACGCGGAUAUGUUGUUGCCAAACUUGAUUGCCAAGUGGCAAAGGUUAGACGAUGAGGACGAGGAGUUAUGGCCGUUGUUGGAGUGCAUGUCGUCAGUAGCCGCGUCUUUGGGCGAGGUGUUCGCACCGUACGCGCUUCCGGUGUGUGCGCGCGCAGUGGCAAUCCUCGCCAACUGUAUUAGCCUCGAGGAGCAGAAUCGCGUCAACCCGCUCGUGCCGACCUUGUCCAAGGACUUUAUGGUGACAUCGAUAGACUUGAUUGACGGCUUGGUCCAGGGCUUGGGCACCCACUGCGUGGAGUUGUUCCAGCAGGCGGCAUCCGAGGCGAAGUUGAUGGAAUUGCUUUUACACUGCUUUGAAGACGAGGAGAACGACGUGCGCCAGUCCGCGUUCGCGCUCUUGGGAGAUCUCGCGAUCGCCUGCCACGCCGAGAUGGUCGCGCCGUGCUUGCAACCGGUGAUUGUCGCUAUUGGCGAGGAGAUCACGAGUCGCACGAUGGGUACCAGCGCCGUCUGCAACAACGCCACCUGGGCGCUUGGUGAGAUCGCGCUCCAGGCCUCACCAGAGGCGAUUGCGCCGUAUAUCGACAACUUGUGUGGUUGUCUUAUCUCUUUGCUUUCCUCCGCCUUUGACAUCGAAGAAACGGUAUUGGAAAAUGCGGCAAUCACUUUGGGUCGCAUGGGGAUCCAUUCCCCGGGCGCCCUAGCGCCCGACAUUUCCGCCUUCUUCUUGUUAUGGGGCCAGUACAUGGACGGAUUGAUUGAGAACGAUGAGAAGGACUCCGCGUUCCAGGGUAUGUGUCAGGUACUUGCGGUGAAUCCAAAUUUUAUCACCACGCCGGAGGACCGCCGUGCGUUGGGCGUUUUCGUCGCGGCGAUCGCGUUCUACGAACAGCCGAGCGCGAAGUUGCGCGAGAUGUUUGCAAGCGUUCUUGGUGGUUAUCGUGCAAUGUUUGCAAGCGACUGGGAGGUGUUUGUUGGUGAGAGCAUGGACGUGGAGUUGAGGGGGGCUUUGCAAAGCAAAUAUAAUGUAUAACAAAAAAGCAAAGUCGAGCUGGGCUUAUUGAGAGCGCAUAGGUGUAUAUGCUAUGGUUAAUAUAGAAUAAAAAUGCAUAUGGUUAAA